AUGGGGGUGCGCGGCCUGCUGAGCUAUGUGCUGCGGCAUGCCGAUGCGAUGACCCAGCGCGUGGAUCUGGCACAGGAGGCCCAGUACUACGGUCGUAACGGUGUGACGUUGCUGGUGGACAUCCUGGACUUCUGUGCUCGGUUUCUGCCGGAGGUGGAUCGUGGCGCCAAGGGCUGGGAGGGAGAUGCCACACUCCAGGUCUGUGGCAGCGACUUCGUCCAGCAUGACGAGGCGCUUUGCGAGCUCAUCUUCGCCCUGCGGCAUGCAGGCAUUUACCUCGAGUUCUUUUUGGAUCCUCCCCGCGGCUGCGGGCUCCUCGAUGCGGCCACCAGUGCCUGGACAGAGGAGGCCAAGCGCCGUUGCAGCCAGGGCCUGGAAGCUGCGAAGCUGACCCUCGACGACGUGACCGGCAGCGUUGGAAAAUGGUGGAUGCUGUUCGGCAAUGGUGCCGAGGAGAGCGCAAUGAUCUUCCAAACCUGGCAGAGGCUGUCUAGGAAGAAGGGUGAUCCUGUCACCUCGGGUCCUAUCAUCGAGAUCGGUGAUUCGAAAUGGGAGAUCCUGGUGUAUCCUUCCGGAAACGAGCGGUGCAAGGAUGGCUGGAUCCGAGUAUCAGUUCGAUGCACAGAGGGCGAGCAGGAAGUGCGAGCUCUGUACUCGGUGUCCGUGGUCAAUGCCGCAGGUGAAGUGAAGCACCGGCUUGAGGAAGAAGCUACGUUCACCAGCGGUGACGGCUGGGGCUUUGACAACUUCAUCCGCCAAGAGCGCCUGACGGAUCGAACGAAAGGCUUCGCAGACGAUGUUGUCAUCUUCGAAGCCACCGUCACGGUUCUUGGCCGGGAGGAAAUCAGACGCCAACCGAUCACUGGAAGCGAGUCCAAAAUGAUUCACUCCGAAGAGUUGGCGUCUGACCUGAAGGCAUUGUGGGAAUCUGGCCAACAUGCUGACCUGACGCUGCAAGUCGGCGAGACGCAGCUGCAGGUCCACGGCUUGAUCUUGGCGGCAAGGUCUGCGGUCUUCUCGCGCAUGCUGGCCUCUGACAUGUCGGAGGCGAAGUCGAGGGUCAUCAGGAUAGUCGACGCGGAUGCCGAGACAAUGCGCUGCCUUUGUGAAUACAUGUACACAGGUACGGUGCGGAACAACCGCCCAUUUGAGAAUGCAGACUUGGCUGGGUCUUUAUUGCAGGCGGCAGCGAAGUACGAGGUUCACGGGCUGGUGCGGUGGUGUUCUGCCAAGAUAGCCGCAACUCUGGGCGUCGACACGGCAGCCGAGUGGCUUGUUCUCGCAUCGCAGAUCGGACCGCAGGCCGAUGCAUUGAAAACCAAGUGCGUUCACCUAGCGGCCAGCAACCUCUCAGAGGUUCAGGUGACGGAGGGCUGGCAGCGCUUCAUGAAGAAUCCUCGCGUGGUGUCGGAGGUGGCCCCCCUGUUGUUCCAGGCCAUCAGCCCUCCACCUGGAAAGAAGAGGCGGCGAUCUUGCGAAAAGCUGAGCUAG